AUGAACGCGCUGAACCUGUCGAGUACAACAGGACGUGUCGAGAUUUAUGCGGUAACAAAAAUACUGAAACUUUACGCUUGUUUAACGAGAGGGUAUUCGCAUUGUUUGGUUUUUGGCGAACGGGAACUUUUUCCGAGCCUUACGAGUUCGGUCAACCGGAGGUAUAAAAUCGGGCUUGGCGCUGCAAAAGGGCUCGCGUAUUUGCAUCACGACUGCAGCCCGCCCAUCAUCCAUAGGGAUAUAAAAUCGACCAACAUUUUGCUCGACGAGGAUUACAAAGCUAAGAUUGCCGAUUUUGGUGUGGCUGUAAACUGUAGGCUUUUUGCAUUGACUUUUAUAGAAGGGUUAUUGACUGAAAAAAGCCACGUGUAUUAUAGGUAUAACUUUGGGAUUGUUUCUAGUGACCGGAAAAGGGCCGAUAGAAGCGGAAUAUGGCAAAGGGCGGGACAUAGGACACUAUGUGCGUGA